UGGGCUCGCUGGCGCCCGGUUCCUCCAGUCAGUCGGUCAGCCAGCGAGGGAGGCGGGCGGCUGUUUGGUUGUUCUGUCCAGAUGUUUCUUAUUGUGUGAUGGUUUGCCUCUUUGGCGAGCCUCUCUCCUAAGGCGGCGGCCACAUCUCUGCCCUGGCCGGAGGACGAGGACGAUGAAGAAGAAGAGCGAGGAGGAGGAGGAAGAGGAAGCAGGGGUCCCAACCGCCCGCCUCGCAGCCCUGAGUCAAGCCCGUGGAAUAAUGAGAUUCUCUGCACAAGAAGAACUGCAAUAGCUGUAUUCCUUUCAACCUGGCAAUAUUUGUGCUAAGCACAACGUCAAGAAAAAUAGACCUCCAUGGUAUGUGGAUUGUGUGGACAAGACUGAUAAUGACCAGAUUAAGGCUUCCUGGAAGUGGUGAUUGCCAACAGAACUGCCAGUUGUGACGGCACAAGCAUAGCAUUUGGAAUGUGUUCAGUUCGGUAGCAUCAAGGAGGGGAGAGGCUACUGCAGUCUCAACAGGUGCUGUGCAAGACGUAAUAAUCACCUCAGUUUUUGACAUGAAGAAAGACAUAGAUGCCUUAAUAGCAGAGGAAAGAGCAGAAAUUCUUGAUAAAUACGAGAAGGGAAGGCAGGAAGGGGCUCAGAUUGAUCCAUGGGAAGAUGCUGACUUCACACUCUACAAAGUUACAGACAGAUUUGGGUUUUUGCAUGAGCAUGAGCUACCAACUCGCAGCGCUCUGGAAGAGAAGCAAAAACUUCAAGAGAUUGAACGAGUGGACAAAUGGUUGAAAAUGUUAAGAAAAUGGGGAAAAUACAGAAACAGUGAAAAGAUGUUCCGCAGAGUUUAUAAAGGGAUUCCCCUCCAAGUACGUGGCCAGGUCUGGUCUCUCUUGUUGGACAUUGAGAAGAUUAAGAUGGAGAAUGAAGGAAAAUAUGAGAAAAUGAAAGAACAAGCCAAGGAUUUCUCAUCAGAAAUAAAGCAGAUAGACCUGGAUGUUAAUAGAACUUUUCGAAACCAUAUCAUGUUCCGGGAUCGCUAUGGAGUUAAGCAGCAAGCUUUGUUUCACGUCUUGUCAGCUUAUUCUGUUUACAACACGGAAGUGAGUUACUGCCAGGGAAUGAGUCAGAUUGCAGCCAUCCUGCUGAUGUAUUUAAAUGAGGAGGAUGCCUUUUGGGCCCUGGCACAACUGCUUACCAAUCAAAGACAUGCAAUGCAUGGGUUUUUCAUUCCUGGAUUCCCAAAGCUGCAAAGAUUCCAAGCCCAUCACGAGGCAAUCUUAAAUAAACUUUUUCCAAAGCUGAAGAAGCACAUGGACAAAGAGCAGAUGUCUACAGGGAUUUAUACAACAAAGUGGUUUCUCCAGUGCUUCAUUGAUCGGACCCCCUUUACUCUAACACUGCGGUUGUGGGAUAUCUACAUCCUGGAAGGAGAGAGAGUUCUGACAGCCAUGGCAUACACCAUUCUCAAACUGCAUAAAAAGCGCUUAUUGAAAAUGUCCCUGGAAGAUCUACGGGAAUUCCUUCAGGAAAAAAUUGCUACUUCUUUGCAAUUUGAAGAUGAUAUUAUAAUAGAGCAAUUGCAAGCAUCUAUGACCGAACUGCGUAAAAUGAAAUUUGAUCUUCCUCCUCCAGCAAAGUCUGAAGAAUUUCCCAAGAAAGUCCUGGGUCUGGAACUCUCUCUAAAUCUUGUGUCAAUGAAGCCAAGUGUUGCAGCUAAUGGACAGCAAAAGGAUGUCAGUGACCUCAACCAGGACAAAGAUGCCCUGAUACAACCUUCUCCUGAUAAAAGCCUUUCUCGCCUGAAUGAAACUAUUGGCAAUUCAAAUACUGGAAAAGAGGAGAGCCCUGACCAUUCACAACCUAAUGGUCUUCCCUUGAAAGCUGAAGAAGCAGUUGUGCACCAUGAUCCAUUCCAGAAUAAUGAAUCAAACCCAAAGUUUGAAAUAGAGGAGAAAAAAGAAGAAGAAAAUGACAAUAGAAUUCCAUCAGAGGAUAAUCUUGUAGUGUUGAAUGAGAUUCAUGUCACUGAAAAAAAACAAGAAGAGCCUAUGGCCACUAAUGAAACUGAUUCUUUAGAGAGCAGCAGCACAGAGAGAAGUAGUAUACAGAAAAAUAACCCCUGUUUUUCUAUAGAUGAUAGCAAUCCUGUUUCGCAGGUGCAGACAGGACACCUGUCCGUUGACAGCUCUCUGUGGGAAUCAUCCUUACAGAGUCAGACCGCAGAAGCAGACCUUUCUGCCAGCCACAAUAGUAUAAUUUCAUUGUCAGGGUCAGAGUCACCACAUCAAGUGCCAUUGCUUCCCUCUGUCGAAGAGCAAAGUGCCAUAGAUUCACCAUUGUCUGUGCAAAAUGCAACAGCACUUCAGCAUGAAAGUACUACCUGCGCUUCUGAAGAUUUAUUAUGUGAGCAUGCUGUACUGCUUCCAGAUCAUAUGGCCCACCCCCCAAGUACAGAACCCUCUUUUAUUCCAGGGCACAGCAUGUCCACAACAUGUGAUUUUCCAGAAGCUAUGGCAGCUCCAUGUACAGUCAGACAUGCUAUUCUCCUUUUACCAUUUCAGGAUGAUCAACGGCGACCUUCUGAUGCAUCUCAGUAUGAUAACCUGUCUGAGGGUGAAAGUGAAGACAGUAAUUGCCCAGUACAUGUUCACAGUUCUGACAAACUGGCAUUGCCAGUACCACAGGAUGAGCUCUCUACUCCAGCUUUAAAAUGUACAAUCCCCAGGUCUGUAUCUGUUGGGGAAAUAGAAAAUCUCCAGGAGCAAAUUUGGAAAAUGGUAGAUUUGGAACAACAGCCAAAAGGAUUUGACCAAGCCUUCACCAUACUGUCUCAUAAUAAGAGUCUGACUGGUGGAGGCAGUGUGCCACUUUUAUUAGAGCUAGAUUCUGAUGCUGGGCAGCUGUCAGAAGCUUUCCAUGGUCGCCCCACUUCAUCCCCAGUGCUGCAGGAACCACACAGCCCCUUCAGAAUAGUAAAGACUACCACCCCUCUUCAUUUAGCUCAUGCUAUGGAGCAAGGCUUCAUGAGCAAAAAGCAUGUGGCUUUGCCUUUGCUUGAGACCAGCUACCAUGAUGCAGCAGAUGAUGACAAACUUGCUCUUGCAUUCAAGGGUACUGCAGAAGAUGGCACUGCCCAAGACUGUGUUCCGAAGUCACAAAAUGAUCUGGGUGGCUUACCUGCCCUUCAAAGGCCAAAACCAAAAGUGCCACCAAAGAUGUUCAAAACUCAUUCAGAUAAUAGUUUCUCUCCAGGCUGCCCUCCCAUGGUACAGAUGACCAAAUCAGUCACAUUCUAAUAGAGCUGAGGAGGAGUUGAUUAAAGGUACAUGGUGGUUGUUCAUAAGAAAUGGGAAAAGCACAGCCUAAUGGAAGACUAGAGAGCCAGUCCCAUAGCUACUCAUGCUGUGUCCAGGUUCAGGGUGGGGUUUUGAAUACAGGUCAGUCUUUAGUAGACAAUGCCUAUGGGCGGAUUCUCUAAACUUGGCUUCUCAUCUUCAAACAUGUCCCAAAGUGCUUUUGAAUCAUGUUUUUCAUAUUGCCUUCCUCACAACUGGGUUGAUAUAUAACACGUUGAAAUCUGUUGAAACCAUUUGCACUGUUUCCUUCUAGAUACUUCAAACUAAAAAAUUAAGUUGAAUGUUUAAACAGUGGUGAGACAGAGGGAGGAGUUUGAGGAAGCAAGUGACUACUCAGCUGCAAAAUUGGGACAGUAGCACAUUUUUCAGUAGCAAUACUUGUUUCUGUUUCUGUCUGACACCCAACAUAGUCUUCUAAAAGAGGUUGUGGGUGAUUUGUGUAAGGAAAGUUGACUUUCAUAGCAUCUAUGCAAUAUCUAUGCACACAUUAUUGAUGUGUGUAUUCUCAUGCAGCAAAAUCAGGCAAUUCAGCAUGCCUGUUCUUAGUUGUUUUGCUCUCUUAUUUGUUUGCACUGAUGAGGUUUCUCAAAGCUUAUUAAAAUAUUCCAUACAACGGGUUUUUUGUUCUACUCAGCCAUGUAAUAAUCUAUAUAGGAAGCAAGAACAACUUCUGAGGAAAGCCAACAUGGCAGUCUAGAUUGCAUUUGCUGAAUUGUUUGCAUGUCUGUUCAUGCACCUGGACCCUUUAUGUACUCCAAGAGGGAUGGCAGUAGUAGAUGGAAGAAACUGUAGCAAGGUCUCUGUACCCAUGUUUUUUUUUUCUUGUGCCGAUUCUGAAAGUGAGCUGGCUCAGAAGGCUUGUGUAAUUGGGGGGUGGGGGUGCGGGUUGUGUAGUGCUAUAGGAACUAGAAUUCUCUUGGCUCUUACAAGAUGUAACUGCAGGAGUACCAUGAAACCAACCAUGUGCAGUCCAGCCUCAUGAAAAAUGUCAUGCGAUAGUAAUCUACACUCCCAUCUUUGCAUGUUUAUAUGCAAAGUUUGCCCAGAUAAAUCCCAUCAAGCAUGCAUAGGAUUGCUUUCCUAGUAACAUGUUGAUUUUGCAGACUUUUCAGUUUGCCAGCAGAGUGUACAGUGCUCAAGAAAGUAAUUAUGGCUUUAGAAGGUAGCCUUUAGAAAGUAGGAUAUACAUUUUGCUUUAUAAACGCAGGUAUUACUAAAAACUGAACUUUAAAAAGAAAGUUAUUCAAGACAUGGCUUUACAAAUAAACAUUUAUUGCUAUUAGAGCUUCACAGCCACAGCCCAACACAAAAGAAGCAAGCUCUUCUCCAGUCCUCAAGUUUAAAUUGUUAUACUGAAAUGUAUGCAGAGCUGUAAUCCAUCGCUGUUUGCACCCCAACUUCUUAAGAGAUUGCUUUUUCCUGUAUGAAAAGAAAUGCCUCUCUGUUUUGAAAUUAAGGAAUGACCAAAAAAACAAAGCUGCACCAACUCAAUGGAUUGGCAUUUUUCUAGUACAUUACUGCAGAAGUGAAACUCAAAGGCAGUCCAUAACAUCCAGAUUAAGAUUAUCUUUAUGUUCCCAGGGAUGGUCUGCAUGGAUUUAGUACCAGGAACUUGGAAUCUGUCUUCGUUUCUUAAUCUAGUUUUUGUUGCUGUUGCCUUUGUAAAUUAGUUAAUCUUUCCUUCAUAGGAGUGAUGUGAGGGCAAAUACAUAGUGAGGUCUUGCAGUUUUCUAUAACCACUGAGUAAAAUGGUUGCUAAUUUGGAGUGGCUAGAACAUCGUACAAGGAAAGACAAAGCUCCUACAUCAAUGGAGUUUUACAUGUUACUUUCCUAACUGUUGCACAGCUGAUGAAAAAUGAAUGUGUCUGUGUAUGUAUCAGACCCAUCAGGUUAAUGUCAAUAUAAAUUGUAGUAUUCUUUUUGCUCAUUGCUUCUACAUCACAAAAAGAAAUAUUGAAAAAUGAAUGAAAUCAAGCUGAGAUUUUAAUGAAAUUCCACAGAACUGGCUGUUUGAGUUCAUAUUGUACAGAAUAGGAGUAGCCUGGCCUGUCAAUUCCUAUUUCUGUCUGUAUCUCCCUUAUCUGUCUAACAAGGUGGGAUCAGGCGCUCAGAGCUAUUAAGAUAAUUCUAUAAUGGCUUGCUGUUAAAGAAGCUCAUCGAGAGCCAAUGCACAUCCCAGUAAACACCGACAUGUCUUGAACCUGUGAUGCACAUUAAAAGGGAAGCUGAUGGACAAGGCAGGCUCUGAGCAAUUGUAGUAGGUGAUCCAUGAGAUAGGAAUUCCAGGUCCUUGCUAAGUCUUACAGUGUUCCAUAGCAUAAUUUUGAGUAGUAGGGGGAAAUGUGCAACUUUCCAGCUCUUCUUGGGCUCAAAUUGCUACCAACAUCAGCCAGCAUUUCCAGUGGUGAGGAAUGAAGGUACUUGUAGAUUUAGAAGUGAAGAGCCACAUGUUCUACAGCCUUUCUUUAAACCAAGUUGCACUGAAGAAUUUCAACUGGAUUUGCUCAACUUUUUAAAAUUGCUCCACUUGAUGUGAGGCUGUCAGAUAAUGUGAACAGAACUGUAAUUUGGGGGUGGAAGUUAAACUCUCUGAUUAUUAUUUCUCAGUUAAUGCAUUUGCUUCUUCAGUUAUCUCAUUUUCCCAUUCAACAAAAGGCAGGUAAUUCACCUUUGAAAUUUUUUUUGUAGAUUAUUAAUCAAGUUAUUUCCCUUCAGUCUAUGUUUGCCAGAUAUUUGUUUUUAGUAUCUUUGUCCUUUUACUAGGGACAUUCACAUUGCCCCUGUAGUUCAGUAUUUUGGAGCUUUAUCUGAACAUUUAUUCAUCUCCCCUCCCCUCUUUUGCCAUUGUCCCAAUACAGUCUGUGUUCACAAUCCAGUGAGAUUGGAGUGAAUUUUUGAGCUUUAUUAUUACCCUUUCCACCAUCAAGUGCUGUACCCCUGAAACCUUACAGCAAAGAAAGCAGAAUGAUCUCCAUUUAACAUGUUGAGGGAAGGAAGCUGUGGUGUCAUUCCUCCCUUGGCUUUAUUUUUAAAAAGUUGUGUUGCACACAGCCUUUGCAUGGGAACAUUUGUCCAAGGUAGAAAAUUGAGGCAAUGGCUUAAAAACAUAUCUUGCAUCACUACCACAAUUCACACCACAGUUCCUAUUUGCCACAUUAACUGCAACGUAUUCCAUACUACUUGCCUUAACUGACCAUCAAUAAAUAUUUACAGUAAAAAAAUAAGAUACCCUUUGAUAAAAUAUAAGAAAUAUUAGUAUCCUGCAAAUGAAAAUGCAUAUUUUGGGCAUGUAUUGCUAAAUAAGCUGAUUGUGUUUCUAAGUCUGAAUGUUUUAACAAGAUACGGCUAAAUUUUAACUUUGAAUUAAGGCUAAAAAAAUGGUUAAAUAAGCCUUUUUGGCUGAACUUGUUUUGAGAUUCUGUUUUAUGUAGGAUUGACUAGUCUGUUGUGUCUAUACAGUAGCAAAAUAAUAAUGCAGGAUCUCAUGGUGGGACUAGUAGUCUUGAACUACAUUGAGACCUCUGAUAUUAAUUCAAAACACUCUGAAAAGGUGGCAGGUUCCAGAGCAAGAACAGGCUUCAUAUUUCCUCUAAAUACGCCCUUUCUUCUGUAAUUUUGGUUAAGCCAAGAACAUGAACAACCCAUAGUUUACUAGAGACAGACUUUCAAAGGUGCUACAAGUGUUAACCACAUGAAUAGUUACAAGGAAGGCCCCUAGUUCUACUGGAAGUAAGGUAAGUGCCACCUAGGGUAGAGCUGCUAUUAUCCAAUGUGGUGGGUAGGAAGGUUGUUCCUAGGGAAUGGCCACAAAUUUGUGCUAUUGGCUACUGAGACAAGAUAGCCAUGCAUUUGUUCAUGUUUUAUUGUGUUGCUUUCAAGUCAUUCCCAUCUUAUGGCAACCCUAAGAUGAACAUAUCAUAGGAGUUUCUUGGCAUGCUUUGUUCAGAGGGGAUUUGCCAUCACCUUCUUCUAAGACUAAAAAAGUGUGAUAUGCCUAAGGGCAUCCAGUGGGUUGCCAUGGUUAAGUGGGGAUGUGAACCCUUGUCUCUUGGAAUCUUAAUCCAGCACUCAAAAAACACUGCACCAUGCUGACUCUUUUUGGUGGUGAAACUGUUAUUUACAUUUAGGAUAUAAAAUGUAACUUUAACUAAUAGGAUUAAAUCAUGCUGUAUAUUGCAUUAUGAAAAAGAAUGCAGCUAGCAGUUCUCUGGUUGCAAGUAAAACCCCACAUGAAAUAACUAGUGUUAAAUAAUGUUUAAGAUGUGCCAUUUUCUUUACAAUACAACUACCAAAGUAAAAACUGGCCAUCUAGGUUUUCCUACAGUGUCUGUUCCAAAGAUACAACUCUCCAUUCUUGUUACAUGCAGCACUCUCUGGUACGUGAAACACACUCAUGUUAAACAAAAAGGAAGCAAAUUCAAAACAUUAUUCAGUCAUAAAUGGUUUUCCUGCAUCAUCUGUUUGCAUUCAAUGCAUAAAUGUAUUUUCAUUGGGGGAAUCUGUUCCAAGCCCACACAAAGAACUGAACCUCCCCUGCUCCAGCUUCUUCCAACUUCAGUUUGAAAGGUACUGCUGCAAGUGGGGAAAUGGCUAUGAGGCCUGCUUCUUGCUCUGCUUCCUUCCAGGCAUUCUCUUUAAUCCAUAAAGGAAAAUGGGUUCCCUGGAACUACAAAGACAAGUAUCCACAGUUAUAGUAAUACAGACUUUUUUGAAUGUCAUUAAAUCUAUAUUUAGUUCAGUGCAUCAAUAUAAAUACAAAAAACAUUGCUAUACAGUAAAACAGGACUGUUACAUUCACAGUAAAAAGAAUAUUUCUCUCUCGAAAGAUGAAUUGACUCCUCUUCUCAGAAACAAUCAUUGUUUUCAAUAGCUGUAUCUUGUUAAAACAGAAACUUGAACAUUUAAACUUAGAAACACAAUCUGUGUGUGUGUGUGUAUAAAGAGGAAUCAAUUCAUGUAUUUGGAAUCUACUACUUCCCAGUAAAGAACAAUUAUUGUUUACGAGAAGGGGAGUCAAUUCAUCUUUCAAGAGAAAAAUACUCUUUUUACUGUGAAUGUAACAGUCCUUUGUUUUACUGAAGCAUUUGUAUUCAUACUGAUGCACUGAAUUAAAUAUAGGUUUAAUGGCAUUCAAAAACAUUUCUGUAUUACUAUCCUCUUUAAUCCAACCAGCAUACUGUGAUAGUACUGUGAUCAAAUCAAAGUGAGAGAGUGCAAGUAAUGAGACAUGAGAAGGCCUUUGUGGUAUAUGUACCACAAUGUGAUAUAACAGGUAGAUUGGAUGCUUUAAUUUUUCUUCAUACGCUCGCAAAUAUCCUAAUAAAAAUAUCUGUGCAUCAGAGAACUAGAAAAUUCAUGCUGAAAUGCCCGUAACGUAAAAGGAAGGUUAGACAAUGCCAGGGAUAAAAAGAAACUGAAUAGGGUUUAUUUAUUUCAUGUCAAAAGCAUUGCAUAACAAAUACAUUUUUAAAAUGAUGAAGAAAAAAAAGAGGAAAUCACAAGCAACUAAAUAGUUUUAGACCAAAAGCGGGCAACAGCAACCGUAUUGUCCGUAGUUGAAUAGGAUGAUAAUUUAGGAGCUAGCAGGGUAUAUUUUACAUGGAAAAGAUGUACUCUUUUAAAUGAAGGCAUUUCAUUAAAACAGAGUUUUUAAAAAAUGAGUGUCAGAGCCAGCAUAGCCACUAGCCUUGGCAGGUGAGGGAAUCUAGAAAUUGAGGCCAAGAAGUAAUUUUUCCAUGAUACGUAAUAAAAUGAUUAUUUUUAAAAAAAAGAAAAUCUGCUUUCUUAGGAGAUAAAUCUUAGUUCAAUGUGGUGUCAUCAUGAGAGAGUGUACACAAUGUAAGCUAGAAUGUCACAUGGAGGAAGGUACAUAUACUGUUGGCUCUAUUUCCCAAAGCACUUAAUAAGAUACAAUUCUUUCCAUGCUAGAAUUCCUUUAACCCACUUCAAGUUUAAUCUUGAUGAGCUCUAAGUGCCAUGUGUGCCAUUCUUUUUUGUUGCCAUUAUUAUCCAUUUGUAUUUAUCAUCUUUUGACCAGUGAACAAUCUUAUUGAUACAUUAAAAGAGGAAAGAGUACAGACUCAGCCUUGAAAUAAUUUGUAAGACUGGAUUUUUCACUGCCAGAAACUUCAGUCCCUUCAUGUAAAACAGGCAAAGAACAACUUCACCUGUCCUUAAGCAAUUAAUGACAAAUGGUAUUUAGAAGAUUCCUGUGUAGCAGGAAACAGCCAGUAUUACUUUAGGAACUCAGGAAAAUAUCUCUCCCAUCUAAUCCUCAAAUGGGGUGUGUGAGGUGGAGAUGUAUUUAGUUUUUAAGUUACAUGUAUUAGGAGUUGGAUCAGAUCCAACACUUUGAGCAGAAACAGUGCAACCACAGGUUGGAAAUUCAGCAUUGGAGUUCUGGAAACUCUUAUUUGUUGUAACAUGUAAUCUCUGCAGUUCAGUAGAUUGGUCUUUAUUGUGCACUUUGAUAGCUCUGCAGCCAUUAUCUCUUUUUUUUAAAAAAAAAAUUCACAUUUUGAUGCUAUUCUUGUUUACACUUUGGUCAGCUUCCUUUAUAACUUUGUGUAUUGUAUUAUUGCUUUUAUACAUUUUAUGUAUAUGUGUGGAGUGGGGAAAGAAGUAUGGAGUGCAAAACAAACCAUGUACUUUUAAAAAUUCUGAUCCAAAAGGAUUGUACAAAAGUGUUCAAAUGCUGUGUUUUACACUGUUACAAUAAGUUAAAUUUUAGCAAAAGCGGUUGCAAAUGUAUUAAUGUUAUUUGAAACACAGGGUUUUCUUCUAA